CUCUACGCAGCUCUUUCAAUCGCACCGGAGAGGGAGGGAGAGAGAGAGAGAGAGAAUAGAGUAAGAGUGUGGUUAUCUUCAAAAAGGGGUGGGAACACUGAACCUGGAAACUGAAAAGUUAUUCCCAAUCCUUGAAUUUAAGCUUUAAGAACGUGGUGGCACUAAAAUCAACUGGGGAACCCGGAAAGAACUCAAGGUAAAAAACGAGACAAUUUUCCUGAGUGAAGUUAUCUGUCGAGACCAAGAACAGCCUCAGAAUGGGAGAAGACGCAGUGCAGGCAGAGCGGAGCAGCAUGAUCAGCACACACGAGAACCAGGAGCUGGUGGUGCCAAGCCCCAGCCCUACUCAGUCUUCACCCACCCAUAGCCUCUCCCAGCUGGGCACUGGCGAACCAAGUAGCCCUGGAGCUCUGGCUGGGGGCACCACAGGCAUUCUACCCAGAGAUGGAGCUUCACCCACAGGCCAAGUGAAUGCCAUUACUGUCCUGACACUUCUAGAUAAGCUGGUGAACAUGCUGGACACAGUGCAAGAGAACCAGCACAAGAUGGAGAUGAGACAGGUCGAGAUGGAAGGGGCAGUGAGGGUUAUCCAGAAUGAUAUGACCAAGCUCUCCAAGAGUCACACUUCCACCUCAAACACGGUCAGCAAACUCCUGGAGAAGAGCCGCAAGGUCAGCGUCCACAUGAAAGAGGUCAAGGACAAGAUGGAUAAGCAGGCCGUCCAAGUGAAGAAAUUGGAGGCCAACCACGCUACCCUUAUCAAGAGGAACAACUUCAAAGUGCUCAUCUUUCAGGAGGAAAAUGAAAUCCCUUCAAGUGUCUUUGUGAAUGAACCUGCACCGUUACCUGAAGUGGAAGAGGACACCCCAGCCACUGAUGCCAACCGUUCUCAAGAGGAGGGCCUUCAGACCAUCGCUCUCUCCUCAGAUGAGGAGCAGGGACCAGAAGAGGAUGAGGAUGACAUUUUGAGGGUUUUGGAUCUCGAAGCUGAAACCAGAGUUGAAAAAUCUCGAGCUGAGAAGAUCAAGCGUUCCAGUCUGAAGAAAGUGGACAGCCUGAAGAAGGCUUUCUCCAGGCAGAACAUUGAGAAGAAGAUGAACAAGAUUGUGUCCCAAGAGAAGCGGGAUAAAAUCAAGAAAAGUCUGACACCCAACCACCAGAAGAGCCCUAGUGCAAAGAACACCUCUUUCAAGGUCUCUCCUCUAACCUUCAACAUCAAGAAGAACCGCAAUGGGGAAGGGCAACCCGAGACUGAGGACUCACCUCAACCAGAGAGCUCGCCAAGUGCUAUUACCCCCAUCGAACUGGCCCCUAUUGAGAGCCCAACUGAAGACCUGUCCUUCAAAGAGGUUCACUCCCAUCUUGCACCAGGACAGGAGGAAGUAAAGGCAGCUGUGGAGGCAAUGGAGAAAGAUGAGGUGCCCAGCAUUCUGAAUGGCACAACAGAGGUUCAGCUGUCGAUCACAGAAGAUGUGAGCGAGGAGUAUGCUCUCUCUGCGACCCUGCCCCAGGACGCCUCCAAGAUAGUGGUGUCCCACAGUGCUUUACAGGAAGAGGAUGAAGAGGAAGGAGAGGAAGAAAAGGGAAAGGAAAGAGUGCACAGUGAAGACAGCCCUCUAGCUGAAGCUGCAGGCCAAGCAGAGGGUGUUGCUGUAGGACAAGCAUCCUAAUGUCCCGACCCCCCAUUCCAGCCCUAGGACACCCUCCUAAGCUGAGAAAACACUCUCUCCCUUAUCAGUGCCAGCCAUCCCCAUCAAGAACCCAGACAUCUGGCCUGUCCUCCCAAAAAACAGACUUACAGUCCAUUCAAAGGCAAUAUUCAUGAACUAAAUGACAUUUGCGUAAAAAUCCCAUAUCGCUGUUGUUAGUCGCUAGUCUUUUAGCAGAAGUGAAUGUGAAAGCAGUCAUGUCAGUUCGUCUUAUCCAAAACUUAUGCUUGUGAGAAACCCACUCCAGCUGGUAUUACUGGACAUUCUGUUAUCCUCUGGUGACUACCUGUCAACUGAGAAAGUCGAAUCGCUUACAGCCAAAGGAGUCAACGGACGCCAAAUGGACACGUAUUGACCAUAGCCUGGUUUUCAACCCACAGUCCGACAAUUCAUUUCAUCUGGAACAGCCUGUGCACAGCUGUGAUAUUGACUUCAUGCAACCAUGAUAAUUGGUCCGAUUAGGUUUUGUAUGGAAGCUUGAUGGCACCACAGAAUAAAACAUAAAAACAGUAAUUUUACUUUUUAAUCUCACAAAUCUGACUUUUUAUUCCUCACAAUUUUGAGUUCUUACACUUCUGACCUUUUUUUCUCAGGGUUGCGUGAUAUAAACUCCCAAUUGCGAGUUAUAAAGUCAGAAUUGCAUGAUAUUAAGUAUAAAACACAAUUGUACGUUUAUAUCUAACAAUUCUGUGAAAAAAUGUCAGAAUUGCUAGAUAAAAAGUCUCAAUUAUCUUAUAAAUCAUUCGAUUCUGUAGCGGAAACAAGCUUCCAUGGUUUUGUUUUAGAGAUUAUACAGCACAAAUAUACUGCCAUGCCAUGUUCUAUCUCUGUAUUUAUCAAAAAAGUGUACUCCAUAUUACAUUUUAAGUGUACUGUGAACCCAUAAACAUAGAGACCAAAAGAUGUGAGAAAGCUAGUGUAUUGUCCUAAACUAAACUACAAAUAUAAUUUCUGAUUUCUAGAUUUCUGCUUCGUAGUGACUAAUGAACAUUUAGAUAACCUUUUUCUGUCCUGAGUGAUCACACGUCUGGAAUGCAGCUGACAUGGGGGAUCCUGGUCUUCCCUGAGCUCCACAUAUGUCUCGGACCUUUACUCAGAAAGCAUUCCUGCUUUUGAUGUACGGCCAUUUCUCAAGAUCCUGUUGGCAUUGUGCUGGCUGAGAAACAGGCGCUGUGAAGCCAGUCUAGAUCACAGGCAUGUGUCUGAAAGUGAUGAAGGAGACGAUGCAUGCAAAUAAGCCAGAGAAGUGUGGAAAGUGGUGGAGAACUGCAAAAGUAUGAAAAGUGAAAGUCUAUUUGAAUUGUUGUACUGAAGUUUCAAAAUGUGAGAACUGAUUAACACAAGGACAAAUUCAAAAAUCCCCCUCAUCACUUUGGAAUAAAUGUAGUUAAGUGAUAUUUUGUGUACACAUCACCACUCGCUAUUAUAGAAAUCCAUAAAUAAAAUAGUGCUGUCAGCGGAUAAAGAAAAGCAUGAGGAGCAGUACUGACCAAUCAAGUCUGGUUUGUUGAUAUUGUGAGAAUGAGAAUAGAGUUUGGUUCUCAUAUGUUUUUAUUAUAAAUCAGAGCAAGUGGGAUUUUUGUGUGUUUAUUUCCAGCAUAUUUUCAUUUCAGUAUUCCAGUGCUGAACAAAAACAUAAAAGUGUGUAUCUUUGCUUCGGGUGGAUGUCUCUUUCAGAUGAAAAGGGAUGAGGUUUUACUUCUUUAACAUAUAACAGAUUUUAACAAAAUUUUUUCUGAUUCUUGUAAUCCCUAAUCUGUAUUUACAUAUUCUUUAAAAUGUUACUUGACUUCAUAAUAUAUACGAGAGCUAUAUGUUGUCUUGGUUAUAUUUUAGAAACAUUAUGAUUCACGCCAAAGAAAAUGGCUCAGUUACAGCAGAGACCUUGUUUCUGCAACACCUGUUUACCAAGUUGUUUCACGCUCUGCUCAAAUUGUUCUUAUAAUGCAAAUAAAUAAAAACUUUGAAACGUG